UCAUGCUGCUGCCAGGUCCAGAGUGUCUCAUGGGUCCCUGUACGGCCUCCCAUUGCUGCUGUCUCCAUCGCCACACUCUGCCAUGUGCCACUUUCAGGAUCUCCUCACACUUUUGGGCCAUGUAGAACGCAGACAACUGUUAGGGUGCUGCUGGCAGAUAACAUGGGUCCCUGUGCCUCCCAUUGCUGUCUGGCUUAAUGCGCACAAACACUGCCAUGUCUCGGCGUUUGUCAACGAUUUGCCGUUACAGCUGCUGCAAACCCGCUGAACCACGUUCAUGGGUCCCAGGUACAGGGGGCCUGAAUCAGUAUGCUGGGGCUGCCAUCGAGACAGAGGCCAUGGGGUGACCUACAUUUAGUCGUCUCCUCACGCUGCUGCUGGUGGUUCCAUUUUUUUA